GCUUCAUCAUCAAUCAGCCUUCUCCAUUCAUUGUUUCCUCUCUCCACCCCCCAAAUGGCCCCCGCCAGCAUCCGCCAUGACCCCAGCUGGUCCUACCACCAGGGCCUGGCUGGCUCCCUGCUCAAGGGCUUCCUGCGCACCUUCACGGCCCUGCACAUGAGAUGGCCCGUCUCGCUCAAACCGCACCAUGAGUCCGAGCGCUUUGUGCUGGUUGAGCCCGCGCCCCCCGCCCUCUACACGGGCGUUCUGGCCGACCCCGCGGUGCAUCCGGAGACGGUGGGCGCCACCUGGUACCCGGAGCCCUGCGCCGCCGAGCCCGCGCUGGCCGACGGGCAGCACGUCAUCCUCCACCUGCACGGCGGCUCCUACAUCCUGGGCGACGGGCGCUCCUCGUCCUGCAGCUUCCUGGCCCAGAAUCUGCUCGAUCACACCCCGGCCCGCUACAUGUUCUGCCUCCAGUACCGGCUGGCAGGCCACCCCAACGGCCGCUUCCCCGCCCAGCUGCAGGACGCCCUCGCCGCGUACGUCUACCUGCUGCGGACCCUCCGCAUCCCGGCCUCCCGCGUCGUGCUGAGCGGCGACAGCUCCGGCGGCCACCUCGUGCUGGCCCUGCUCCGCUACAUCUGUAGCUGGCUCUGGUCCCCCUGGUGCGACGUCCCGGCCGCCGUCGAUCCCACCGACUGGAACCACAGCGCCAACUACAAGACCGAGUACAUCCCGGGCUCGUUCCCGUCGCGGGGCGCGCGACAGUUCCUGGGCGAUCUGGCGAUCACGGAGCACGUCCAGCCGUAUGUCGCGCCCAUCUGGCAUCCCUUCGUCCUCCCCUCGCCGGCGCUCAUCCUCACCGGCGGUCGGGAGGUGCUCUGCCACGACCACGAGAAACUGGCGCAGGUGUUCCGAGACGUGGCGGGGAACCCCUCCCGGGUCGAGUUCUAUGUGGAGGACAAGGUGCCGCACGACGUCCUGAUGAUCGGGUGGAUCAUGGGCUUCAAGGAUGAGGCGCGUCACUGUGCCGCGCGGGCCGGGGAGUUCUUGCGGCAGGUGGAUUCGACUGCCAUGGCUGACGGGCCUUCCGUGUGA